GGCCGGCAUGGAGCUCUUCCAAGCCAAGGACCACUACAUCCUGCAGCAGGGCGAGCGCGCGCUGUGGUGCAGCCGGCGGGACGGCGGCCUCCAGCUCCGGCCCGCUACCGACCUACUUCUUGCAUGGAAUCCCAUUUGCUUGGGACUGGUUGAAGGUGUUAUUGGGAAAAUUCAACUUCAUUCAGAUCUUCCGUGGUGGCUUAUUCUAAUUCGGCAGAAAGCAGUGGUGGGCAAACUUCCAGGAGACCAUGAGGUCUGUAAAGUGACCAAAAUUGCUGUGUUGUCACUUUCGGAAAUGGAGCCUCAGGAUCUUGAACUGGAGCUCUGUAAGAAGCAUCAUUUUGGAAUUAACAAACCAGAGAAGAUUAUUCCAUCUCCUGAUGACUCCAAGUUUCUACUGAAGACCUUUACUCAUAUUAAGUCGAAUGUGGCUGCGCCUAAUAAAAAGAAAGUUAAGGAAAGUAAAGAAAAAGAGAAGUUGGAGAGGAGAUUACUUGAGGAACUGCUGAAGAUGUUCAUGGACUCUGAAUCUUUUUACUACAGCUUGACCUAUGACCUGACCAACUCAGUGCAGAGACAGAGCACAGGGGAGAAUGCUGGCCAACCCCUGUGGCAGAAGGUUGAUGACAGAUUUUUUUGGAAUAAAUACAUGAUACAAGAUCUCACCGAGAUUGGUAUACCAGAUGUGGACUUUUGGAUCAUCCCCAUUAUCCAAGGUUUUGUGCAGAUUGAAGAACUUGUGGUAAAUUAUAAUGAAACAUCUGAUGAAGAGAAAAGCAGCCCAGAGACCCCCCCACAGGAGUCUACCUGUGUAGAUGACAUUCACCCACGAUUUCUAGUGGCUGUCAUUUCACGCAGAAGUAGGCACAGAGCAGGAAUGCGCUAUAAACGGAGAGGAGUAGAUAAAAAUGGAAAUGUUGCAAAUUACGUGGAGACCGAGCAGUUAAUUCAUGUUCAUAAUCACACCCUGUCAUUUAUUCAGAGCCGAGGCUCUGUGCCUGUGUUUUGGAGCCAGGUUGGCUAUCGGUAUAAUCCAAGACCUCGGCUAGACAAAAGUGAAAAGGAAACUGUUGCCUGUUUCUGUGCCCAUUUCGAAGAACAACUGAAAAUUUACAAAAAACAGGUUAUUAUUAACUUGGUAGACCAGGCAGGACGAGAGAAAAUUAUUGGGGAUGCUUAUCUGAAGCAGGUGUUACUCUUCAAUAACUCACACCUUACUUACGUCUCAUUUGACUUCCACGAACACUGCCGAGGAAUGAAGUUUGAGAAUGUGCAAACACUCACAGAUGCCAUUCACGACAUCAUAGUUGACAUGAAGUGGUGCUGGGUGGAUCGAGAUGGGGUGAUCUGUAAACAGGAAGGGAUUUUCCGUGUGAAUUGCAUGGACUGCCUGGAUCGUACCAACGUGGUCCAAGCUGCCAUUGCACGAGUGGUCAUGGAACAGCAGCUGAAAAAACUUGGUGUGAUGCCCCCCGAGCAGCCCCUGCCAGUGAAAUGCAAUCGGAUUUACCAGACCAUGUGGGCCAACAACGGCGACUCCGUUAGCAGACAGUAUGCUGGGACAGCCGCUCUCAAGGGUGACUUUACCAGGACAGGGGAGAGGAAGUUAGCAGGAGUCAUGAAAGAUGGGGUUAACUCAGCAAAUCGUUAUUACCUGAACCGAUUUAAGGAUGCUUACAGGCAAGCCGUCAUAGAUUUGAUGCAAGGCAUUCCUGUCACAGAAGAUCUUUAUUCCAUAUUUACCAAGGAGAAAGAGCAUGAAGCUUUACACAAGGAAAAUCAAAGAAGCCACCAGGAACUCAUUAGUCAGCUCUUACAGAGUUACAUGAAGUUACUGCUGCCGGAUGAUGAAAAGUUUCACGGGGGAUGGGCCCUCAUUGACUGUGAUCCCAGCCUCAUUGAUGCUACUCACAGAGAUGUGGAUGUGCUGUUACUGCUUUCUAACUCUGCCUAUUACGUGGCCUAUUAUGAUGACGAAGUUGAUAAAGUAAACCAAUACCAACGACUAAGUCUAGAAGACCUGGAAAAAAUAGAAAUAGGUCCUGAACCCACUCUUUUUGGGAAACCAAAGUUCUCCUGUAUGCGACUGCACUACAGAUGCAGGGACACCAGUGGCUACUUCCACACGCUGAGAGCUGUGGUGCGCAGUCCCGAUGAGGACGGCAAAGAUACUCUUCAGUGCAUUGCGGAGAUGCUGCAGAUCACCAAGCAAGCCAUGGGCCUGGAUGUCCCUAUAGUUGAGAAAAAACUUGAAAGGAAGAGCAGUAAACCUCAUGAAGACAUCAUUGGUAUCAGAUCUCAAAACCAAGGCUCUUUGGCCCAAGGAAAGAGUUUUUUAAUGAGCAAAUUCUCAUCUUUCAAUCAAAAAGUAAAACAGACAAAAUCCACCGUAAACAUUGGCAAUCUACGAAAGCUAGGAAAUUUUACAAAACCGGAAAUGAAAGUUAACUUUCUGAAACCAAACUUAAAAGUCAAUCUUUGGAAAUCAGAUAGUAGUCUUGAAACCAUGGAAACCACAGGUAUGAUAGACAGUAAAGACCAGGUGGAAUCUGACGGGGAGAUGUCUUCAGAAAAUGACUCGUAUCACUCCGAUGAAUUCCUUACCAAUUCCAAGUCUGAUGAAGAUAGGCAGCUAGCUAACUCUUUAGAGAACGUAGGGCCAGUGGACUAUGUCCUCCCUAGUUGUGGUAUUAUUGCUUCAGCACCUCGGCUAGGCAGUCGAUCCCAGUCUAGAAGCAGCACUGAUGUCAGUAUUCCCGCUCCUUCUGAGAUUACUACCACACGUGGAAGUGAGCUUGGAAUGGGCCCUGACUCGCCUUUGAAGAAGAGUCCUUCUGCAGACCACAUACACGUGUCAACUGCCUUUGCCAAGCCUGUGGAUCAUUACUGCCAUAGAUUUGUGCAGGAUGCACAGAACAAAAUGAUGCCCCCUUUGGAAACUGGGUCUGUUUCUCAGCAGGCUAGUGAGGAGGGCAGUCAAGCAACCAAUCAAGUUUCUAAUGAAGACGCCCGGUUGGAAGCAGUGGAGCAGACACCUUCUCGGCCUUCUCAGCUAGAUGUGUCUUUCUCUGCAAAAGGCCCACGGUUGUUGUCCACUGAGUCAGUGCAUUCCGUUGUAUCUCAAAAGACCCCAGGCUCUGGAUCCAGCGUGCUUGAACUUGAGACAGGGCAUAACAUAGUAACUCCUUCUCCCUCAGAAGGUAGCAGCAGCAGAGCAGUUUCUCCCUUUGCAAAGAUCAAAAGUUCCAUGGUCCAGGUUGCUAGCAUCACCCAAGCUGGAUUAACACAUGGGAUCAACUUGGCAGUGGCCAAAGUUCAAAAGAGUCCUGCAGAACCUGAAGUGGUUAAUGAAGUCCAGCAAAAUGAACUCAAAAACAUGUUUACACAAUGCCAGACACGAAUCAUCCAGAUUUAG